GGUACGGUCUGCCGUGACGUCACGAACAAAUAGACCCACAACAUCACGGCUACAACCCCACGGCUCGUACAUCGUCAAUGUCACCACUACCACAGAAGAGCGUAUCAAUCGUCGGAGCAGGCGUAGCCGGCCUACGAGCCGCUUCAUAUAUCCUACAACACGCACCCACAUGUCGGGUAUCGAUUUUCGAGGCGAACGACCGUGUUGGAGGGAGGGUGUAUACGUAUGAGAAGGAUGGGUGGAGAGUCGAUAUGGGAGCGAAUUGGAUUCAUGGGAUGGAGGGAAACCCUAUCACGCCCAUCGCGAGGGAGACUGGUGCGAUUUUCGCAGCGUUGGAAGAUGCGGCGGUUUACCCUCAUGGAUUGAGUGUUCCGCUGCCCAGGGCGGAAUCGGAGAAAUUGUUUGGACGGACGUGGGAGGUGGCUGAUAAUGCUAUCGCGUACUCCAAGGAGAAUUCUGGGAGGAUUGGGGCAGAUGAGAGUUUGUUCGACUUUGCCAAAAAAGACGUCGAGGAGGACAAGGAUUUGUCGAAGGAGGAGAAGAGGUGGGUUUGUUUGCUAUCGGAGUUCUUUACGAAUUUUAGUGCGGAGGAUGUGAGGAGGUUGUCCUUGAAGUACUAUUUCUUGGAAGAGGAGUUACCGGGAGAGCGACCGUAUCUCGCGUCGACUUACUCGCCAAUCCUUGAGGCCAUCGCUAAACCAUCUCUCGAUGGCGGUAUCGUACGGCUUUCCACACCAAUCACACAUGUCGAUGCCUCGAGCUCGCAUUCUGUCACUAUCACCACCAUGGAAGGUACGAAGGAAGCAUUCGACGCAGUCAUCAUCGCCGUACCUCUUGGUGUUCUCAAGAAGCAGAUGAUCACAAUCACCCCGAGCCUCCCCACACGGUUACAGCAAGCUAUAGACUCGCUCGGCUUCGGCGUCCUAGAGAAGAUUUUCCUGAAAUUCGACUCGGCGUGGUGGCUCCCAAAGGACAAAGAGAAGGCAAAUCCACCGUCAUUCCAUGCCUUCCUCCCAGAUCCGUCCAAACCUCUCGAGCCACCGAAUGUAUUGACGUUGAUGCUAUCACUCGCUUCGUUGCCAACGGGUACAGAUAUUCCAGCGCUAGCAUUCUACAUAGCGGCGGAUCAAGCACAUUAUGUCUCAUCCCUCUCCGACUCCGACCUUGAUGCGUGGAUUCAUUCGUACCUCCGCCUCCUCCCAAACUACUCCCCCACCCAAAAACCCACCGCAAUCCUCAAGACGAGUUGGGGAUCAGACACCUGGUCCGGAGGCGGCUCCUACACACACAUCAACACCGGCACCAAGAAUGCUGUUGAGGAUAUAGAGGUAUUAGGGGACGGAUGUGUACAUGGGCGGAUGUGGUUUGCGGGUGAGCAUGUUGGGACAUGGAGAGGGAUGGGAACGGUUAAUGGGGCGUAUGAGAGUGGGGAGAGGGCGGCGAAAGGGAUGAUUUCCGCUCUUAAGCUUGGGUUACAAACAGUGAAUGACGUGGAAGACGAGUUAUCAUAGACC